AUGGCUGCAAAGAAGGCACCAAAGUUCACAAAAUUGGAAAAGGCUGUGCUACUUGAAUUAGUGAGUGAAAAAAAAUCUGUCAUUAAGAAAAAGGAAUGGGAAAAUAUUGAGAAUGCAUUCAAUGCAAGGCAUGGUGUAAAUACAAGAAGUAUAACGCAAUUAAAAUCCUUAUGGAAGAAUUUGAAAGUCCGUGCAAAGGCUGAUGUGGCAAAAGAGCGUAGAGACAGAAGAAAGACUGACGGAGGACCCAUGGAGAAAAAUACUGAUAAUAUUUCUAACGCAAUCAGUGAAAUGAUUCCUCAGCAAAUAAACAGCCUCGAGAACGCAUUUGAUGAUGAUGCAAGUUUCCAUGGGGAUGGACUAGAGAAAGAAAAUGAGGACUGA